UUCAGCAGUUGAAAACAUGUCGCAAUCAAGCCCCGCGAAGCAACCGAAAGUAAUCCUCUUCGACAUUGGCGGCGUCUGUGUCGCGUCUCCCUUCCAGGCCAUCCUCGACUACGAGCUCAGCCUCGGCAUCCCUCCCGGAUGGAUCAACUACUCCAUCUCCAAAACAGCCCCAAACGGCUUCUGGCACCGCCUCGAGACAGGCAGCAUACCCAUGGACGCCGACUUCUUCACCGGGUUCAACCGGGACCUUCACGACCCAGCGCGCUGGAAGGCCUUUUACGAGGCCCAGCAGCGCGCCCCGAACCCAUCAUCCGCACUACUGCCCAAGCAAACCCCGCCGGUCCCCCAAAUCGACGGGGAACGGCUGUUCUACGACAUGAUGGCCGCCGCGCGGCAUCCGGACCCCUGGAUGUAUCCGGCGCUGAAGGCGCUCAAGGCGAGCGGCAGGUACAUUGUGGCCGCGCUCAGCAACACGGUCAUAUUCCCGCCCGAUCACGAGUACUCGCAGAAGGACUUCCUUGACGACCCCGUGCGGAGCCUGUUUGACGUGUUUGUAUCUUCGGCCCAUGUCGGCUUGAGGAAACCGGAUCCGAAGAUCUACAGGCUUGCGCUGGAAAAGGUGAAUGAGUUUGCUCGAGCGAAUGCGGGCACGGAUAGGGGCAAGGCCCUUGGCUGGGCUCAGGGCAUUGCUGCCGGAGACAUUGUGUUUUUGGAUGACAUUGGGGAGAACCUGAAGGCGGCCAGGGCUGCUGGCUUUCAGACGAUCAGGGUGCCGCUUGGGAGGGCGUAUGAAGCAGUGGAGGCGCUUGAGAAGAUAACCGGUCUUGCCUUGGCGGGCGAUCACCCCAAAGUCCCCAUCAAGCCAAACUAUCGGGGUGCGAAGGCGAAGAUUUGACGAUGCCAAUCUGAUAUAUUCUUACCAUCGAGCAAGAGCACCUGAUGAUGUAUGAUUACUGACCGAUACCCGGGAUACAAACGCCUGUUAAUAAAUCUUCUCCUGUAUGAGUCCCAAGGCCUCGCAAUAAACAGCCUUGUAUUACCCACACCAUAACGU